GGCGGGCGGGGAGGGGAGGGGAGGCGGGCGGAGAAGAUGGCGCCGCCGCCGGCCGCCGCGCUGAGGAGCGGCGUGUGCUGAGCGCGGCCGGGCGGCCGGGCCGGGCUAUGCGGCGGCUUCCCGGGCUGAGGCGGGCUCUGCUCGGCUUGGUGCACCCCUGCGCCGCCCCGGCCUCCCGCUUGGCCUCUCAGAGCCGGCGGCGCAGCUUCCUCGGGCUUCAGAAGGAGACAAAAAACAAAAUGAACAAUCCAGCUAUUAAGAGAAUAACAAAUGAAAUUAUCAAAUCACCUGAGGAUAAACGAGAAUAUCGUGGACUGGAACUGGCAAAUGGCAUUAAAGCGCUUCUCAUUAGUGACCCCACCACAGAUAAGUCUUCGGCAGCACUAGAUGUGCACAUAGGGUCCUUGUCUGAUCCCCCUAACAUUGCUGGGCUUAGUCAUUUUUGUGAGCAUAUGCUGUUCCUGGGAACCAAGAAAUACCCGAAAGAGAACGAGUAUAGUCAAUUUCUUAGUGAGCAUGCAGGGAGCUCCAAUGCCUUUACCAGUGGAGAGCAUACCAACUAUUACUUUGAUGUGUCACACGAACAUCUAGAAGGUGCACUGGACAGAUUUGCCCAGUUUUUCCUGUGCCCUUUGUUUGAUGAAAGCUGCAAAGAUAGGGAAGUGAAUGCUGUUGAUUCUGAGCAUGAAAAGAAUCUGAUGAAUGAUGCCUGGAGGCUGUUUCAGUUGGAGAAGGCUACUGGAAACCCUAAUCAUCCCUUCAGUAAAUUUGGAACAGGGAACAAACUCACUCUGGAAACUAGACCAACCAAGGAAGGAAUAGAUGUAAGACAAGAGUUAUUGAAGUUCCAUUCUACUUAUUAUUCAUCAAAUUUAAUGGCUAUUUGUGUCUUAGGAAGAGAAUCCUUGGAUGAGCUAACUUCCUUAGUGGUGAAGUUAUUUUCAGAAGUAGAGAAUAAAAAUGUCCCUAUACCAGAGUUUCCUGAACAUCCUUUCCAAGAAGAACAUCUCCGGCAACUUUACAAAGUGGUGCCUAUUAAGGACAUCAGAAAUCUUUAUGUCACAUUUCCUAUACCAGACCUUCAGAAGUACUAUAAAUCAAAUCCUGGCCAUUAUCUUGGUCAUCUGAUUGGGCAUGAAGGCCCAGGGAGUCUUUUGUCAGAGCUUAAAGCCAAAGGAUGGGUAUAUACUCUUGUUGGAGGACAGAAAGAAGGUGCUAGAGGUUUCAUGUUUUUCAUCAUUAAUGUGGAUUUGACAGAGGAAGGACUUUUGCAUGUUGAAGAUAUUAUUUUGCACAUGUUUCAGUAUAUUCAAAAACUACGUACAGAAGGACCUCAAGAAUGGGUUUUCCAAGAGUGCAAGGAUCUAAAUGCUGUGGCAUUCAGAUUUAAAGAUAAAGAACGACCACGAGGUUAUACAUCGAAGCUUGGAGGAAUGUUGCAUUAUUAUCCUAUAGAAGAAGUAUUGGCUGCUGAGUAUUUGCUUGAAGAAUUCAGGCCUGAUUUAAUAGAGAUGGUACUGGAUAAAUUGAGACCAGAAAACAUUCGAGUUGCAAUAGUGUCCAAGUCUUUUGAAGGAAAAACUGACCGAACAGAAGACUGGUAUGGAACACAGUACAAGCAAGAAGCAAUUUCUGAUGAAGUUAUUAAGAAAUGGCAAAAUGCUGACCUGAAUGGGAAAUUCAAGCUUCCAAUGAAGAAUGAGUUCAUUCCUACUAACUUUGAGAUUUUGCCAUUGGAAAAAGAUGCGACACAGUACCCUGCCCUUGUCAAGGACACUGCUAUGAGCAAACUGUGGUUCAAGCAAGAUGACAAAUUUUUUUUGCCAAAAGCUUGUCUCAACUUUGAGUUUUUCAGUCGCUACAUUUAUGCUGAUCCUCUCCAUUGCAACAUGACAUACCUGUUUAUCAGGUUAUUGAAGGAUGAUUUAAAAGAGUAUACAUAUGCAGCACGCCUCUCAGGUUUGGUCUAUGGCAUUGCAUCAGGAAUGAAUGCAAUACUUCUUUCUGUAAAAGGUUAUAAUGACAAGCAACAUAUCUUGCUCAAGAAGAUCAUAGAGAAAAUGGCUACUUUUGAGAUUGAUGAAAAAAGAUUUGAAAUUAUCAAGGAAGCGUACAUGAGAUCGCUUAACAACUUCAGGGCUGAACAGCCUCACCAGCAUGCGAUGUAUUAUCUCAGACUCCUGAUGACAGAAGUUGCUUGGACCAAAGAUGAAUUAAAAGAAGCUCUUGAUGAUGUCACUCUUCCCCGCCUGAAGGCCUUUAUAUCUCAGUUGUUGUCACGGUUACACAUCGAAGCUCUUCUCCAUGGCAAUAUAACAAAACAGGCUGCAUUAGGAAUUAUGCAGAUGGUUGAGGACACUCUCAUAGAGCACGCUCAUACAAAGCCACUCCUUCCCAGUCAGCUAGUGAGAUACAGGGAAGUGCAACUUCCUGACAGAGGGUGGUUUGUAUAUCAACAGAGAAAUGAAGUUCAUAACAAUUGUGGCAUUGAAAUAUAUUACCAGACAGAUAUGCAGAGCACUUCUGAGAAUAUGUUUUUGGAGCUCUUUUGUCAGAUUAUUUCAGAACCAUGCUUCAAUACUCUGCGCACCAAGGAACAAUUAGGUUACAUUGUGUUCAGUGGUCCGCGUAGGGCAAAUGGCAUACAAGGACUGCGAUUUAUUAUCCAAUCUGAAAAGCCACCACACUAUUUAGAAAGCAGAGUGGAAGCAUUCUUAAAGACUAUGGAGAAAUGCAUAGAAGAUAUGUCAGAAGAGGCCUUCCAAAAACACAUCCAAGCUUUAGCAAUUCGUCGUCUAGACAAACCAAAGAAGCUGUCUGCAGAAUGUGCUAAAUAUUGGGGAGAAAUAAUUUCUCAGCAGUAUAACUUCGACAGAGAUAACAUUGAAGUGGCUUAUCUAAAGACCCUGACCAAGGAUGAUAUCAUACAGUUCUACAAGGUGCUGUUGGCAGUAGAUGCUCCCAGAAGACACAAGGUAUCAGUACACGUCCUUGCAAGGGAAAUGGAUUCCUGCCCUGUUGUUGGAGAGUUUCCAUGCCAAAAUGAUGUGAACCUGGCACCAGCACCACCACUACCACAGCCAAGUGUGAUUGAAAAUAUGACAGAGUUCAAGCGCAGUCUGCCACUCUUUCCCCUGGUGAAACCACAUAUCAAUUUCAUGGCUGCAAAACUGUGAAGAACCCCAGUGGAUGAAGAAAUGCAAAUGAUCAGUACUGACAUGGUUUCAGGGGACUUCAUGAUGAACAAAAUUAUCAAAGACUAUUAGAACAAAUGGUUUUGUGCAUUAUGAAAGUCCCAAAUUCCUUCUUGGUUCAUUUGACAUUAGAUGUGUGUUAGGGAUAGAGAGUAUAGAAAAAUCAGUUGUGGUCAUGUGUCAUUUGUAUUACAGACAACCUGUUGGAAACCAAAAUCAACGGAAUCAAUAACAAUAAAAAAAAAAUCUUGUAGAUGCAGUAUAUUUUUGAAAUAGAAUACCCCUUCAAAUUUUAAUUUUGGUAAAAUUAGCCUCUGGAGCAAACAAUUGCUUGAAAUACCCUUAUUGUUCCUGAAAAACACCAUUUAAUAGCCCAAUAAUAAUCUUAUUGGGGAUUGGAGAGGGGUGAGAAGGAGCUGCUUUUUUUGGGAUGGGGUCAACAAUUUUUCUUAGAAGUUGAAAGUGUCACAUUUUUUUGAAGUGUUGAAUGAGACUUUUUAAAUUGAUCCUUAAUGCAACCAACAUAUUUUCUAUUUAAUUUUUCUGAAAACUGGUGGAAAAAAAAGGGGGGGGGAUUUGACAACACAGUAAUAAAUGAACGAAUUGUCUCAAUGAGAAUAACUGAAGAUAUGAGCAUGAUUUUAAUCUUUCUAUACAAAUUUGGGGACGUUUUAUAUUCAAAGUUGUGAAAUGCUGGAAACACUUUAAUAGUGCAACUUUUUUUAACAAAAGUGUUGUCCUAGUCUCGGUACUGUCAACAUCCUGUUUAAUUCUUUAGUGUUAUUCUGAAUUGUUUCCAUAUGGUAUAUGAAAUACUUCGUUGUCAUUUUUUUGUUUUCAGUUGCACAUAGACUACAUGAGUUCUCUGUCAGUAUGUUUUGCCUUACUUGUUAUACUAGGUCUCAGUCCAGCAAAGUAUUACUAAUGCAAAUAACUUUAAGCAUGCAUUAAUCAGUUCUUGACUCAAGAACAGAUGAAUAUCAAAGAUAGACCCUGUAAUGAACCAGAUGCCUCGCUUUUAUGAUACAUCUGUGUGAGCCCUUUUUGCCCUUUCAAAAAGGCAUUGAAGAGCACGGUGCUGACUUAACUUAAAAACAUAAAACGUUUAACUUAACUUAAAAACAUAAAAGUAUGGUGUUAGCAGUACUGCUGCACCACAGAGUGUGGUUCAGGUUACAUCACAAAAUGUUCCUUCCUACUUUAAAGAAGGCUGUGCAAAACCCAGAAGGAUCAAGAAUUAUGCUGAGAUUGUUGUAUAUAUACCCCAUAACUUAGUGAAAUGUCAAAACAAUACAUAGUGUCUAAUCUUCACCAAGUCUACUGAAUUGCAGAGUGGUCUGCCACUUGAGACAGCGUAUCAGGAUAAACUCCCCAAAUUGAAAAAGAUAAGGUAGCAUUUUGCUAAGUUCUCUAACAUGUUUAAUGCAUAAAAUUGAUUGUAGCUAUUCAGAUAGGGUGGAGUGUGCAAAGCACUGAAGACAGAAAAUCUGCUCAUAUAAACCCUUGCUGUUGGGUGUUACUGAGAGUUGCUUCCUAUUAGGAGUACCUAAAACUAAGGCACUGAUGUGAAAUGUAUGUCAUGUAUGUGUGCAUCAGAACCUGGUGUGUUCAGUAGGGGUGUUCUUGUCACCAAGUUAAUGUUCGUAUUAACACUGGCUCUGGAGGCAGUUAAAUGCAUGCUUGCCAGGAUAAAGGCUUCAAGUUGUGUUUAUUUGAGUCUGCAUUAACUGAGUAAAUGCAGUGUAUUUAAGUUGUUUCAAAGGUCGACAGGACAUAUUUCAACAUCCCUUUAAUAAAUCCGAUGAUAGUUUGUGAUGUAACCUGUUGCCAGGAAUGUCUGCUAACAAGGAUUUUUUGUAGCCUGAGGGGAAAAAAAUCAGACAUGGAUAUCAGCAAAAAUAGUACAGGUGUCUUUGUUCACCAUGUUUUUCAUGGCUCCUUCAUGUAAAAUGGACUUUUUAACCCUCCUGCGUUUUGCUUUUGUUUAUAGUUUUCUCUUAGUAAAAAUAUUUGUAUUAUAUAUAUUAAAAGUUUUGACAACAUAUUAUUAAAAAAUAUAUAUAUUUUGGGAUUUAGUGGUAUUUAAACAGACCGCUCUUACGGUAAAUAAAAUCAAAUUGCUUCUAUCGAGUGUAAAAAAAAAAUAAAAUAUAUAUAUUCAUGGAAGUACUAUGAACUCUAAUUUUAACAAAUUCUAUAAAUAAAUUGGAAUGGCAGUAUAUUUAUCACAAACAACAAAUCAUGUUUUUCAGAGGAAAAAACGUAAAAUUGUAAAGUUCUGUGACUGGAUGUGGAAGCACAUGUGGUUUUCCAAAAACUUUUAAUUGCUUUUAAGUGUUCUCCAGCAUUUUACAGUUUCUGAGUUUGAUAUAGCAGUAAAUUUUGAUAAACUCAGGCAUACUAAUGGAUUCAUUUUAAUGGAUCCAAAGCUGCAGUGUCUACAAGCAAUAAAAAACUACCUAGAAUACACUGUAAUUCAAUUUUAGUGCUUGUUAAUUAGUUUAUGUAAGAAACCAUAAGUUAUUAUUACAUAACUGUAAUUUUUGCAAGUGCUAUUUUAAGCAGUUGAUGUGGAAUUGGGUGCAUGUGACACAGCCAGUAUGACAGAGUUCUAGCGUUAUUCUGUUUACAAUAAACAAUCUGAAUUUAAUGUUUGGAGUUAUUAAUUUGUUUCAUUUUAAUAUAUUGUUUUCAUAGUGGUAAUGUUACAUCUGUCAGUCUUGCAUGUGUUUUUUACUACAUAUUAAUAGUGAUUUUCUGUGAUGCAGUUCUUGGACUGGUUAGGCAGAAUAGCCUUGGUGGAGAAGUGUUCCUGUUCACUUCCAGGGAGCUUUGAGGGACUUCCCAUGUGUCAUUCCACACUCUUUAGGUAGAUCACCUAUGCUGCUCUCUGAGUGUAUUAAAACUUUAUAUUAUAAAGGUAGAAAUAUUUGCGCAAGACAGGAUUUUAAUAAUCAGAUUUGAAAUUGUAAAUUCAGAGCAUUGCUGCAGACACACUUAAUUUUGGCUGGUGCAGCUUUACACUAGUGUUGCUUUUGAGAAAUUAAACUCUCUGAUCAUUUUGUUCUAUGCACACCACAGGAUUGCUUUCAGAAAGCUUAGAAAGAAGUGUGAUUGUUAGAGCAGUAAAUAAUCUGAAUUGUGACAGCAUAAAAAUACAAGUCAGCAUGCCCUUCUGCUGUUCUGAUGGGGCUCCUUAACCUAACGUCUGAUAACUAGCAGGGUAAAGAGGUUUUGUCCUCAGCCUUGGGAAGAGUGAAUGGCAAUCUCAGCUGAGGAAUAAAAUGCUUUCAGCCCAUCCAAAAAAUUACUUAGACCCAAAUAUUAGGAUUCUCCACUCUUAUUGUCAGGAAUUUGUAUGAAUCUUGAAUCAUGGGCUCUUUUAUCUUUUCAAAAACUAAAAAACAACAAAAGAACUGUCCAGAUAUACCUAGACCAUCACUUUUAGCCAUAAUAAAUCAUUUUUUCAGACUGUUGUUUUAAGUGGGUGGGUAUGAAGAGCCCCUAUUGAUAAUGUGUUCAUUAUAUCAUUCAAGAGUGUAACCAUAAUGUAUGGAGAAACCAUUGCAUACCUUCUUAAUUUCAUUUAUUAUUUUCUAGCUUUUGUUUUAACACAAGAUCAGAAUUCUAGCCCAUCCUCUCCCUACUGUAUAACUGGUUAGUAUGCUUUUGCUGUAUCUCCACUGUAAAGUAAAAAAUCUUUAUCUUCUAUGCCUUUCUUCAUAUGUGUUUCCAUGUUUUUUCAAUAUUUGACCAUUGAACUGAUAUUGUUGACUAAAAUGAUGCUUGGAUCCUUUCCUUGAGCUGAUGGCUAAUUUGAUAUUCAAAUUCAACUCUGAAAUACUUUAUUUCUAAUUUUUUUUCUUCUGAUUUUCAUUUUUGUUAAUAUUAUUGCUGCAAGCUACACAAUACAGGCCACCUCUGAACUAUUUUAAAGGGAGAAGAGCUCAGAGACUCGGGCACCUUUCUUACCUUUCAUAUAAUUUAAAAAGAAGCCUCGCAUAUGUAGAUUGUGCUGAAGCAUUUCAGAGUCUACUUACUAUUCAAAAAAUGUAAGUUGUAGUGUAGUGCUGUUGGUGGAAUAUAAUGUCAAUAGGAUCUGAAACCCAAAUUGUGAAUCAAUAGAAGCAAGAGUGUUUAAGGCCAAAGACCCAGUGGAAUGGGAAUGGUUAUAAUUAAACCGACUUAAUUGAGCUCAAGCAUCUAAACAGAAUUUAAGGUUUAAAAUACUUAUCGCUGCUUAAAUUAAUAUUUUUAAGCCACCCUAUUGCCGUUAACUGUUUCUACAAUUGAAACGUUAUGGGAUGUAGGCACCACCGUGCUGCACAUUUGCUGCUGUUAACUUUCAGGACGCCCUCUUUUAUGAUGCAAUGCAAAAUUCUGAAUUGGAUUUUUGGACUGUUGAUGCAAUGCAUGGGGAGAGAGAUGCACGCCUCUAGGUGGACCCCAGGUUACUGUUGCCUUGAGCAAGGACCUGACGGGACUAGUUAGGGGGAAACUCCUGUGGGAGGGAUCCAAGUUGCCAUGCUCACCACCUUACUGUGUGUUAGACAUGCCUCCUUCUCCUUCAGAUUUCCAUUGCAGCUUUUCACUGCCUGCUCAGCUUCUCUUUGAAGAAGGGGAGCAAAGAACUGUACUUUUCUAGUGGCCACCACUGUAUGUAAUGUAGUACAUUACAGAUAAGUAAACUUUUUACUGGAGCAGCAGCUGGAACUCAGGACUUCCACCCCUCCCCUUUACCUGCACGCAGAAGUGGGCAUCCCAUGGUACCUGUGGGCUCAUGCAUGCACAUGUUCUCACUCUACAAAGUUAGAACUGUUUCAACAGAAGGGAAUAAGGGGGUUCCCAGCCUGCACUAGCCUCCUGGGAGGUGAGAAAAAUUGACGUUUCUAAGGCUGAGUCAUCUCAGGGCAUGUACAAAAAUGGUAUUCUGGGAAAUCUGAGACAGAAAAUUUGGGUGUGCGCAGUUGUUAGUGACACCUGAAUGUGGGCACUGAAGAUGGAAAUGUUGGAUGUGAUGCCUUUUAGUGGACACAGCUCAUAAGUGUGUUGUAUAGCUAUUAAAGUGAUGCAUUUGACAAGAUAGUGUUGGAGCUGAUUUUAAACGUCAGAAACAUAUGAGCAGUAGUGCUCAAAAAUGGCUCACUUGGUAUUUCCAGACUUUCCAAAUUGCUCUAGAAUGUAGUAAUUCUAGCAGGACAGGUUUUGACCCAAAGGUUGAGCACCAGGAUUUGACAGGUUUUGAUUUGUGCAUGUGUGUAAAAGCAAGGGAGGUUCAUGGUAGGUUAGUGCCUGUCAGUGCCCUGGAGCCAGUAAGCUGUCAAAUAGUUCAGUGUUUUCCCAUCUCUUAUCAUUUUGUCAUUCCAGUAACUUUAAGCCUCCUCGUAUUUGUGUUCCUAGCGUUCUGCAGUACUGGAAAGAAGGCAUUUCUUAUGAAUGCUUACUGUGAAAGUUCUGUGUUUCAGCUGAAAUAUCACCAUCAUUCACUGAUACCUAUCUGGUAAGGGUGAAACUUCAGGAAUCUGAAAACAUCACUGUAGAUGAUUCCCCAGUUCACAGAUUUGAUUGAUAUUUCCAGAUGAAAUUGUCUGCAGCAUUAAAUAUAUUUUAGAAACACAGGAAUCUGUACUUAUAACUGGAUCUAGCAUCUCCACAAGCUGAGUGUGUAGUUCCUUGUGUCAUCUCCAAAGGCAGAGAGAUCUGCUGUUCAUCGUGCUUUGUCAGGUCUCUGACCAGGGUGAGUUGAUCAGGUUAUUCCCAUUGUCAUAUCAGCCAAAAGCAUCAUCAGUGUCCCUUUAGCACUGGCAUCCACUGGUUGUGGGCUGCAUGCAUAUUCUAGGCUAUUUUUCAUUAUGAGAAUGCAUCUUCUAUUCAUGGCAAGCUUUUAUCCAUAAGAUAAAAAGACAAAGCUGGCAUCUGCAGGAUGUCUCCGCCUGGAGAGCCACGCUGGCCUGCUAUUGAAGCUCAGCGAAGUGGGAGAUUUAACCAAGUCAAACUAGUUCAGAAAUAAAUUGAAAACAGGUGCUACUCAACCACAACAGGAGACUGAUCUGCUGUUGUAUGCACAACGUGAUUUUAGUACUGUGAGCAAUCUAAUAAAAAUGUACCUUAUAUGCAGCCUUUUCCUGGAAGUAGGCAUAACUGAGUGGAAUACUUUGUAUACUUGGUGUAACUUGAAGAAUGCAUAUACAAAGAUUGCUUGUAGUUUUGAUUUUCUACUUGAAUUUAAAUGUCAAUAAUCAUUAGUUUAAAGAUGUUUAUGAAUGUUAAAAUAUGGAAGAUUGUAUUAAGCUCAGUGUAUACAAAAUGUAAGAGUGAGCUUGGGUGCUUUCCCGCACUGUGAGCCACUUAAUAAAAAUAAUGUUGAAAUGGAAGAUAUCGCAUAUAAGUUGAAAGCAGCUAGUUGCAUGCCAUUUUGCUUUUCGUGUCUAAUAGUCAUGUCUAUCUGUUAUGUCACUGUGUGUAAUUAUAAAUUCAUGUAAAAAGGAGUUGUGCUCUGUCUGUGAACUACCAAUGCACAAGUGUGGCACUGUAUAGCUAAUAAUUUUUAUUUGGCUUUUUAAAUGUUGAGUUGAAUAAUUAAGAGUCAAUGCAGGACCUUUUUUCAGGACAACUUGCAGUGUCUGAACAGCCUAAGUUUCUUUGAGCUUUGAAAGCAACAGAAUAAUAGGUAGCAGAAUCUCUGAUUAAAUUUAUUAACUCUACAUUGUCUACCAAACAGAUAAAACAAACAAAAAA